AUGUUGCUUCACAGCUGCUUCCCGUGCUCGCAGUUGAAGGAUCGACAAAAUGAUGAGCUUGGAUGCCUUGGUGAUGUGAAUAAGAAGUUGGAGGCUGAAAUGAGGCACUUGCACCAAGAACUUAAACUGAGGGAAGAAGAGAAGCUAAGUCGAAAGGUUUGUGAGCUAGUUGAUGCAUGUGAAGAUCUUGAACGCAGAAAGAAUUUCAAAGAUAUGGAAAGUGAAAUUCUGAAAGAAAGAGAACAACUUGCUUCAAUUUCGAGGGAGCAUGACACUGCUGCUCUGCAACAAUAUGAAGGGGUUGUAGGACUAUCAGUUUUGUUGAAAACCAAUUUAGAGAAGGGAAUUCAUGGUGAUGAUGCUGAUUUACUAAAACGUAGGAAUUCAUUUGGUUCUCCACCGUCCCGCCGCCGCUCAUUGCCGCCGCUUCUGUCGUCGUCACCGUCGCCUCUGCCGCCGCCGCCGCCGCCUCUGCCACCGCUGCCGCCGCCGUCGCCGCCGUCGCCGGAGCUGCAGUUUCGACCGACGACCAGACGGUUUUGUUCGUCUCGGCCAGGCGACUCCAACGCCGCAGAGAUCGCCGCCAUCGGAGCUCUCACGCGCCUCCACGCGCCGCCGCAAGCUCCGGCAGCCGCCACCUCUCCGCCGCGCGUGACGGCGCGUCGCCGGUCGUUUUCUGCGCCGAUCAACUUCGCCUGA